CACACAGUUUCUGACAUGGCGGCCAUGAGGAGUUUUAUUUUGUAAAUUCACAUAAUUUGACAGCGUUUAGCGUCCCAGAUCGUUAAAAUCCUUUCACGCCACACCGUAAAAUUAAGCUUCAUUUCGUGACAAACGAAAGGCUUGUUUUGCUUCGCAUAAAAUUGUAGAAAUCGUCCAGUUUUGAGCUCCUAAGGUCUGGUCGUCGAUCGCAGAACAAGCCCAACCGGUUCGUAUUUCAUCACGAAACAUAGUCGAAUAACGAGCUACAUUCAAGGUUACUGUGAAACCGAACUGUCGAGUUGGUGAGCUGAUCUUUUAAAUCUUUCUCGGAAAGGUGUAAAUAUGGGAGACUGCAGUGAUUUGGACCGGUAAGCUAGAGUUAGAAUUAGACAUUUUGUUUACAUGUUCGCUAGACCGAAAAACCUUGUUGCAGUGAGGACUGUCUUUGUUUUGUUUGCCUGUUUGAUCGGAUCGUUAUAUGGAUAGCUGUUUCAUUCCACUCAAAAUAAACUGUUUUUCGUCAGGCAAAUCGAAAAGCUGAGACGCUGUGAGCUUAUAACGGAAAAGGAAGUCAAGCAGUUAUGUGCAAAAGCGAGGUAAGUUCCGACACACUAGCAAUAAAGCUUCUCUUACGAUAAUUAUGGGGAAACAAAAGCUUAAGUUAAAAUACGCUUUGCGAUUGAUGGUUAGUACUGGAAGAGUAAGUCAAUGCUUUACCGCAAAAUGUUAAACUUUGUAACUAAAUUACCGUGUAAUUAGGCACACUUUUAUGUGGUCUUUCUCAUUUCCGGCGUUCAGAGAAGUGAAACUAAUAUCCGUAUAAGUGCAUCUUUAAAGUGGGAACAAUAAUUGGAGUCAUGAAACUCUGAUUCUUGACUUUAAGUGUGGUAGUUAUUGUAAGUGCACAUAAUAGGAAAGACAAUGAUCUGCAAGGAAAAGGUGUUCAAAAAACACUCAGACCUCUAUAGACAAGUGGCCGUCCUUGGUAAAGGAGCAACUGGCAUCUUGAUACCAGACGUAGUUAAUUGAGAAGAGUCGACAAAAAAUCAUCAUUGAUUUCUAUCAGAAAAUUAUCGACAUUAAUCAAAGUGACAACUUUUUUCUUAAUCAAUUUCUAUCAAUCAAUAUUGGAAAUCGACAUUCAUCGAUGAUUGAUAUCAAUUACUCUUGAUUAAUAUCAAUUAUCAGUUUAUCAAUUAAUUACGACUGGCAUGGUGGAGGUUGGCCACUUAGAAUGUAAUAGGUUACCUAAAAGAUUCAGGCAUUUUCCAGUAUUAAUCUCUUAAAGUCUGGGCAAGCAUUUGAGUAGUGAGAUUGUAAUCCUGAGGCCUAGAGUUUGCUCCCCAUCCUAGCCGCUGACUCGAUUUGCUCUCGGUAGUCCCAAGUUGAACUGCUUGCUCAGACUAGUAAAAACAGUAGGCUUGAUUUCCACCGCUCCCUCAGGUUCUGUCUUUUUCCUGCCCAAAGAAGAGACAUCUGGACUUGAGAAUGGCCGAUCAUGUCUGUGAUGUAAAUUCAAAUUUUAAUCUAUAGUUUCAUUAUGAAACGUCUGAAAUGGGAAAUGUCGUGAGACACCAAACAGAUGUUGUUGUUUUUGACUCUUUGUCACUUUGGUCUUUACAAAUAAACUCAGCAGCAAUGCGUACUGAUUUAAGGUACUUCCAUCGAUCUUGGGUUAGCGAAGUUGGGGGUGAAAAUGUAACAGAAUCUGACCUAAAAGUCAUCUUUUUCACAUUUGCUAUCAACAACCAUUGGUGCAGAGUGGAAUAAUUACAUAUCAUUGACAAUCCAGAUGCAGUUGGUUGAACUACAGUAGCAUCCUCACCAUUUAUCAGCUUCUCUUACACUUUUUGUUGUAUUUCAAAUUUUUAAGCUUAAAAAAUGCUCCAAAACAGAGCAGGUAAUGAUCUGAUUGGUAGAAAACAACAAUAACAAUUGUACAAUAACAAUUGCUGGUUGGGUGCCAGACUUUGAAGUGCAAGCCCUAGGUUUGAUAGACGAUCGUUAUGGCCCCAUUGAUAAUGUAUUGCAAUAAUGUUCUGCCCUUGACCCACUAAAUGCAUUCUUGUUCUUCCAUCACAGGGAAAUCCUUGUUGAAGAAUCCAAUGUUCAGAAAGUUGAUUCACCUGUUACUGUAAGUGUCUGUUUAUGAAACUGCAGAGUGUAAAAAAAGCAGUGUCCAGUUGCUCCAGACAUGUGCCUUAACACUUCAGACAAGAGAAAAACCAAGGGCACUUUUCAUUUGUCAGAACUGGCCGGCCAGGCCGUGGCCAGACCAGUGAGUUUGAAAAUGAAAUACGCUUUUUCCAAGAGUUUUUGCUGAAAAACUAGUUCCCUCAUGCAUACUAUUAUUUUAUGAUUUGACUGAUCUGGGUGAAAAGUUUUGAUUGAAAGUGAAAUUAUUGUGACGGGAAUGGUCUGGCUGAUCUGUUGGACAAAUGGAAAGCACCCUGAGUUUACUAUUCCAUGUGUGAAAUGUUUGUUAUUGAGUUUAUUUUAAACUGAUGAGCAUGUAUUACCAUACCCAAGAACAGAGGAAAAUGAAAUUUAGACCAAGGAUAAAACUGAAACACCACGUAAACAUUUGAAAUGGCAAUUUUAAAAUUCUUUUGUCCUUGAGUUUACUUCUGAUCUUUCCAAAAAUUUUGCAAUAAUGUUAAAGUGAGAAUGGCAAAUUGAAAUUGUAUUUUUCACUGGGACCUAUGUUACCAUCUCUUUAAAAUGUCUUGUAAAGUGUGAAUUGUGCCAAGUAUGGGACAUGAGGGCUUGAUAUCUUUGUCUUUCUCUUGACAGGUAUGUGGGGAUAUCCAUGGACAGUUUUAUGAUUUAAAAGAACUUUUUAAGGUAAGGAAAACGGGAGAGAAAUAAAGGAAUCCAAUACACCAUUUGCACUAAGAGGUCAUGUGACAUCGUUUUCAUGAAAAUGAAAGUUAUAUGAUUUUGCCUUCGAAAAACGAUGUGUGGGUCAUAUCUUAAACAAAAGAAUAGUGAUGUAGUUUUUCAAACCCGCACCAUUUUCUUAAAUUGAGUGAGUUCAUAGCUGUUCAUGUGACCAAAUUGUGAUUUUUAAAAUUACGGAUUGCCUCUUUCUGAACACAGAUUUUGCACUUAAACUUCAAGGAAAAUAAUGAAAAGAUGAUGUGGUAUAGUUUAUAGCACAUCUGAGCAUAACUAUCAAACGUUUAACAAGAUAUAAGCAAAAAGUAGUUUGGCGGCCAUGUUGGAGGGCAUACUCGGCGAAUACAAAUCACACUACUUUGUUCAAAAAUCAAAGUGCCAUAAAAUAUCUCACUCAAAUGCGUUUCCUCUCAAAUUUCGGGUGCAAGAUAAUUUUUAUGUGCUCUGUCAGUUUUUGGCAUCAGUAAGAUUCCAACUCAUUGUUUAAAGGACGCAUUGGUCACGUGCCCUCUUAGUGCAAGUGGCCUAUAAUAUGGUAAAUGGAAAGUGCAUUGUUAACCUGAACACAAAUAUAAGAAAAAAACUCUGGUUUUAACAGAAGCAGAAAAUAUGAAGACUUGAGUUAGUUGCCAUAAUCAUGUGAGUGUCAAAAUGUUUCUAUUGCCAUGUUCAAGUCCAACACAGUAGUGUAAGAAGCUAGAGGUGGCAGGAAAAAAAUUGGGUAGUUAGCCAGGACAUCUUAUCCUGGAUGACUGCAAACGACUUAAAGUGUAACUCAUCAAAUAAAAAACAGAAGUUAAGCAGCUUUCAUCUUGUUAUCUGCAGCAUCAAUCUAUAGCUAUGGUGAAUGUCGAUAGUUCUGAGAUGAAGACAAGCGCGAGUUCCCGUCAUCUUCAAUGUAGCGGUCAUGCUUAACUAGUGCUUUGCAAUGUCUACUCAUGUGAGCAGUCUCUUCAAGUCUGAAUCCUUUACCCUCAGGCAUAUUGAAACAAUUUGUCAGUUUCUGGAUCAACCUCCUAACUGGACCUUUGUAAACAGUCUCUUGUAUGGUCUCCCUGAUAAAGAAAUCUCACAACCUCAGCAUAUUCAAAACUUAGCUACUUGACUGUUUACAAAGACUAGGAAAGUUAACUUCAUUAGCUGCCCACACAUAAACAUAUAAUCUUAACACCCAUGCACAUGAUUGAUCUACUUAAUCUUCAUCAACUGCUUUUUUUAAAUCUGUUUUAACGCCAUUUAUUGUGAAAUACACUGUACAGAUGAAGCUCCCUUAAGCAUGUACACGACUGGAACUGGAGCCAUCCACUUACAAGAGAGCUUCAACUGUAUUGAUUAAAAUUUCUCGUACAACUGGGAGCCAUGCCAAGCCAACCAUACAGCCUGACCUUUAAUAUCAAGACCACAAAUCACUAGUAUUACAGUACAACAGAGCUAAUAAACGGCUGACAAGUAACUGAGACUAGAUACAUUACCUACCACAACUACAUCACUACUUUAAUUCCUAAAACAACUCAAAAACAGAUGAAAAGCAGGUGGACAGGCGAUGGCUGAUGACAACAAAAACAACUGAACUCUAAAACACCAUGUGACCUGUAGAUCCCCCACUCACUUGAACCUAGACUCCCAGCCGUGUGUGAGAAAAACGUUUUUUCACUUCUUUCCUUCCUCACCUAGCAGAAAACCACACUUUUAUUUAAUUUUUUGUCCUUUCUUUAUUUAUUGAAAUGCAGGUUGGAGGUGAUGUUCCUGACACAAACUACCUUUUUAUGGGGGACUUUGUGGACAGAGGAUUUUACAGUGUAGAAACUUUCCUUUUACUAUUAGCUUUAAAGGUACGUUACAUGAACAGUCAAUCCCUGAAUUAUUGCUCUAGAUGCACACUUAAAAUCUAGAGGUAUUUGAUUGAGAUACUUAUCAGAAAGGAUUUGUUUAUUUGACAGGGCUAGGUCAUUCACACGCAGUCUUGUGUACUGUUAGUUAUUGUUAUUUUCUAUGACAUAGUGCACCAAUUCAAGCAAAUAAUUUGCAGAAUAAUUUAAUUAAUGCAGUUUUUUAGUUCUAUUAACUUAGCCUUUGAGCAAGCUCUCCUAUUUGGGCGAGUGAAGCGAGUUUCGCGAGAAUGCGCAUGCUAGCGGCGAAGCCGCGAGGGGUCGAGGAAAGGAGAGCUUGGAACGAUCUCUCAUAAAAUUUCAUUUGUACUUCUCCCAGACGAAGGGAAAUACCAUUGGCUGAAAAAUGACGUUCCGGAAAUCAAAGUUGAUUGAUAACAGACUAAGCUAGCACCCGCUUCGUCUGUGUGUCAAAUUUGUUUCUCAGGGGGAUCAGAUUGAUACCGAAAACUGUUUUCAGCCCUCAAAGCAGACGGGUUCAUUUGAUGUAAUUCUCAUAAAGAGAAUAUUGCGAGCUGAGGAUAAGUUGGAUCGAGUUUGUAGUUCUUGUGGAAGGAAAAUGAAAAUCCUUCAUCAAUUGUAUUCAUUUGUGUCAAGCGCCUUGUUUAGUUCUGAAAAUCAGGAGAGUGAAAGUGGAGAGUGAUUCAAGCGCUGUUUUCCAACAUCGGUUUCUUCGCCCGGUUGAAUUCUACUGGGUAGAAAAAUUCAGAAACAUGUACUUGACAGUGUAGCUGUGUAGCGUGACCGUAAAGAAGAAAAAGAGAAAGAGUUGAAAGCAACUGGAGUAAAACUUAAGAGAACCAGUUCCAGGAAAACGCUAUUCUUCAGUUCCAGACGGACAAAUAUAUGGUGUUUUUGUUGGUGAUUGUGAUGGGGAGUAGUCUUCUACACUGCAGUACAGAUGACUUUUCAAAAGUAAACGAAACGAGAAUCAAAUUAGUGACUUCUUAUCCGAGCGGACACGUUGAAGUUCGAUGUCUCCGUGGAAAAAAAACAUAUCAGCGAUUUUAAAAAAGACAUUGCUUUGAUGCCGUUGCGAAAGCGAUUUAUAAAUAAAGAAUUCUACGCGCCCUUGGCCGUCUAAACUUACUUGACAGGCGGUUGUCACUUUUCUAAUCUGCAACUCGUUUGCGGCGACAGCUUUGUGGAGUCUCGGGGUUUCCGGGGUGGAAGUGAAAAUUUAUGAGAGAUCGUUGCAAGCUCUCCUUUCCUCGGUCCCUCGCUCGCAUGUUCUCGUGAGGCUCACUUCGCUUGCCCAAAUAGGAGAGCUUGCUCGCGGGCUAUAUUAACUACAUGCUGUUUUCCUGGUCAUAACAUUCUGUACUUUCAAUAACAACCAAUUGAAUGUGUUCAACGCAAAAUGACUCCUGGGUUCAAACCUUUCACAGCGAACAGUUUGUUAAUAAAUUAGAAAAUUCAGAUCCUAUUUUUCAAAAUACCUGAGUAGAAACAAUUCUUGCUGUUUCUAUUUCACAUUUGAAAGCUCACUGCUGUAAACAAACUCUCAAAAGAAAUACUAGACUUUGAAGGAACAUGUCAACAAACCACCAUCUGGAAAGAAGCACGUGCUCAGUAACUAAUAAUUGUGCCUCGUUACCAAGCAAACAACAAGAACUAGGAACGCAAACUGAACGAUGAUCAAAUACUGCUAUGUACAUGUUAAUAUCUUGCAUUCAGGUUUAUUCUUUGUAUUAUUAUUUUAACAUGCAGAAACCGAUAAAUACUGAGAGUAAAAAACAGGGAAGGCAAAAAGAGUUUUAUGUGGCUACCUUUAGUUGAAAUUUUAGACUGCAUAUUAUCCAGUGGUGCAAAUUUGAUAAGCACUGGUAAAUAGGUUUAUAACCUACCCCAGUUCACAUCAGGCUAGAGGCCGUUUGAAGGGUGCUUUUCAGUUGAAACAAAUGACACCUUCUUGAAUUAUUUUUCCUUCUACUGUAAAUUUUCAGGAGAACCCCAGAAGGGGGCUUUUUAUUUACAGGGCAUCUCAUUUGCAAUUUAGUUAGGGGUGCCUAUUAAAGUGUAGGGUAGGUAUAGAAGUUGUUACAUGUUAUUUUGUUUAGUACUUAAGGUAUUUUCCUGUUGUUACUUCAAGGUGCGAUAUCCAGACAGAAUAACAUUAAUUAGAGGGAACCAUGAAAGCAGACAGAUUACUCAGGUAUGUUAUAUUAAAAGAAACAAGUCGUUGGUCACUAUAAAUAUUAUUGAGGUGGUGAAGGUUAAUGGUAUCGUAUUGCAUGAGUGUAAAUUGCACAUCUAGUGUUAGAUGGAAUGUAAUAAAGUACAUGUAUACUCUGACUGUGUAAUAAUAAUGCUUUGACAGGAACUGAUAAAGUAAGCAACAAUCCUUCAUAAUUUAUAAAAGGAGUAGAUUAUUUUGUUAUGUACAGCGGACUGGAAGUAAAUCCUUGCAAACUCACAAAAUUAAAUGUGAGUUGUUUUCAGAAGGUGCAAGUCAAAAGAAUAUCCUUCAGCAAGCAUUAUUUUGUGCAUGCAUUAGAAUUUUGUGGCAAAAACCUAUGAGUAAAUUAAGUAGUACAAAAAAAAAAGUGGUUGGCAUGUCAACCACUGGUGAUUGAGGUAUUAUAAAUUUGUCCACUCAAUUCACUCUUGGCCUGGGUUGUUCAAACGUUGGAUAGCGCUAUCCACCAGAUAAAUCACUAUCCAGCAGAUAAGUAUUGCGGAAAUCAAUUACGUUAUCCACUGGAUAGUGAUUUAUCCGGUGGAUAGCACUAUUAUCCAACACUUGAACAACCGGAGCCAGGAACUUAUUUAGUUGAUGUUUUCAUAUCAGUGGAAUCUACUCUGCUUAUAUGUCAAAGCACAAUAGAUAAUUAAUAGAUGUUCAGCAGAACCCCGGUAACUCGAACUCUGAAGGGAAACGAUAAACAGUUCAAGUAAACAGGGAAUUCAAGUUAUCUGGGUAACUAUCAGUGAAAUUUUGAUCAAGGGAAAGGAAAGUUAGUUCGAGUUUUCGGAAUUUGAGUCAUCAAGGUUCCUCUGUAUAUACUUUGUAUGUUUGUGCUGAAAAAAAAGACUCCACUCAAAAAUCUCAUCAAGAAACACUUUCAGGAAGUAACGUCAGUCUAAUUUUCUCUUCAAUUUCAGGUUUAUGGAUUUUACGAUGAGUGUUUGAAAAAGUAUGGAUCAAUAACAGUGUGGAGAUACUGCACAGAGAUAUUUGACUACCUUAGUUUGUCGGCUAUUAUUGAUGAUAGGGUAAGCUUACUUUUCAUCUGUUUCCAAACUAUUGUAUUUGUGUUACUGACUACCAUUAAAAUCUUGUGUAACGUGGACAAGAAAGAAUCUUUGUAUGUUCAGGAGUUCCUAGUGAGGAAUAUCAGUGAUGCUAAUCUACUGCUUUCCAUAUUAUAACUUUUAUUUUGUAAAGGAUGUUUAUGCUAGUCUCACUAAAUUGCCCGAUGCCCCACUCUCCUGACCUCUCUAAUGAUGUUGUUGUAUGGCCUGUGUAUAGUCCAUUAGACAAAUUUUUAAGACUGAUUUUCAAACAGAUUUCACUGAAGGUAUUCUGUGUUUGCCAUUAAUGUUGACUUUACAUCUUUACUGGGGUUCUCAUUUGUGUAGAACACUGGAUGUGUACAGGACAUUAUUCCUAAUUGGUUCAUCUUCACUUUGUAGAUAUUUUGUGUUCAUGGUGGUCUGUCUCCAUCGAUUACCACCUUAGACCAAGUAAGAUUUUUUAUUAUACAUUAGUUAUUGGAAAAUGCAUGUGUUUGAAGUGUCAAAAAUGCAAACAGCAACAUAUUAUUUGGUUGAAAAAUAAACAAAGAUGUAUGUUAAGAUGUCCUUCUCUGCCACAGACUUGAUUUUGCAUGUGCUUAAGUAUUUAUAUGGUGUCAAGGAGAAGUUCUCUGAAACUUCAAACUUUUUCACUAGAUCCGAGCAAUUGAUAGGAAACAAGAGGUUCCUCAUGAUGGACCAAUGUGUGAUUUGCUCUGGUCAGAUCCAGAAGGUAAUUACAUAGUUACACGCUUAAAUGGCAACAUGUGUUCCCUUCACUCUAAGCAAACUACUUACUGCUUUGUAUACAUGUGUAAUUGCCUGGCCAAGGACUGUUUGUGUGGCAGUCAAACAACUAAGGUUGUUUCCAAGCUUUAUGACAACAGGCUGUAGAAGUUUGAAAUUUCAAAAAAUACAGGGAACAUAAAUGUUGUCAAUUUUGCAACUAGGCUUUGGGACUUAUGACAUUUUUGAAAACCUAGGGGUCUGGUUUUGACAAAAGUGUCCCGAGAAUGUCAAAUCCAGAGCUUUAUUCCAGCAGUGCGCAUUGGCCCCUGGCACCUUAUUAUUGCUCUUGUGGGUUAAUAGGAAAUCAUAGCUUUUUCAUAGAAAUCUAAGCAAGAAUAAGUUGACAAGAAAUGUAUAAUAAGUUUGAAUAUUAUUUUUGUAACGUUGUAUUGUAAUAACUUCAGUCCCUCCUCUUGUGUCAUGUAUAUAGAUCUGUCCUCCUUAAAUUCCUUUCCUCUACUUGAUUUCUCCUUAGUUAUGAAUUACUUUAUGUUUUCCUCUGCCUUCCUCGACUAGCCAAGCUAUUUGCGAGGAGAGGAUGUUUGUGUGUACAUGUAUAUAUGUUUUAAUUUAAUUUAAUGUGUAACUUAUGAAGAUCAUUAAACUUCAAUCUGGGCACCCUAGAUUUUACUGGCUUAGAGCACUGGGCUUGCUUUACUUUUUCUUAGAGUACAGCCUCGAAAUCUCCCUAGGUACUCCCACCCUCUCCGCCCUUACCUGAGCUAAGAGAUUGAUAGGUGCAUAAGUAUACCGAGUUCAUUGCAUGCUCCCACCUAUCAUGACACCUCCUCUCUUAUUUAUUUAUUUAUUUAUUUACAAAAGCAGGUUAACAGACUCCAAUCCCCUACUAGGCCCAUUCACCCAGGGUUACAAUCUACACUGUAAUCCCUCACAAGCUACCAACCAUCGACACAAGACCUUGAUUGGAUCUGUUUUUGGACUAAUUGACUAUCAAUUUGUGACAAUUGAAGUGGUGCUAACAACAAAAGCCCCAAGUGACUUCUGAUAAAUGAUAAACUUUAAGAAGUUCUUUUCUUAUGCCUUGUCUGUGACUAUGAAGCAAAAGGAGAAUUUGACAUGAGAUCGGGAGCUACUUAAAAAGGAUGCUUCCAGACAUCUUUUAAACCAGAACAUUGUAUUUGCUUGUGAUUUUAGAUACACAAGGUUGGGGAGUGAGUCCAAGAGGAGCAGGAUAUUUAUUUGGCAGCGAUGUUGUAACUCAGGUAUCAGGAGUCAUGUUUAUUAAUCAAUCUUUUGUGUGGUAAAGUAUGAUUCCAUUGAAUUAAAUUAUAGCUUAUUAAUAUAGCUUGUUAGCCGCUGUAGUAGCAUGGCCCACAUCUGCCCACAGGCGACUAGAGUGGCCCGAAACAAAGCAUUUCAUUUUAAAGGUUUUAUUGGUCUGUUUUUAAAGACAAUAACCUGUAUUGUUUGGUCUAACAAUCAGAAGAAAGGUCCCUUAGGAUUUUUUAGCGUUCCAUCAGGCUACUUGGUCAGUUGUUUUGAAUUUUUUAUGUUUACACUUAUCAACAUGGUGGGGUACGGUGAUGGGUUCGGGGCUCGAAAUUGCGACUGAUACGGUCGCCAAUGCGACUAACAUUUUCUCCUUGGCGACUAAAAAUUCUGGUUUAGUCACCAAAGUGGCGACCAGAUUUUAGAAGAGUACAAAUAUUUCAUCUUAUCUUGCUUUGCUUUCAUCAUGAAAAAUGUGCCAAAUCGCAUAAACAAAGCCACUUUACCUCCAAAUUUAUACCGACUUCAUGAUAUUCAGUUUUCAAAUCUGAUGGAUCGCACCAUACUAUGCUGGGCUUCUGAUAGGUAGCGGAAAAAAGUCAAAUUUCCCGGGAUUUUUAGGGGCAAAUUCGCGGAAAAAUCGGCCGAUUUUGCGGCACUUUCGCGGGAAUGUUUGGGCCAAACUUCGCCGAAAAUCAAUCGGUAAAAAAGGCCAAUUUUGUGGUUAUUUUUGAGGGAAAAUUUUGUCAGAUGUCGAUCGGCUUUGCGCCGAUCAGACCAGCGUUAUUAACGUUUUUCUAACAGAGGUCAUCAUUUGCUCUUUCAACAACAAUACGCUCCAGAAAUGAACUAAUGGCAAAGCCUUUAACAUCAUGGCUAGUGCCCAGUUUUUCGCAACAUAAUUGCGCCUGGUAGUUUCGGGAAGGUUAUUCGCACGUUUCAGUGACGAAGUAUGAAGAUAAAUUUGCAAGUUUAGGGCAAGUAAAUAGCCCCAAUAGCUGAGAUAAGUUUCAAAUAUGUUGUACAGACGUGUUUGAUAAGAUUUGUACUGAAUUUCGCGGUAUUUUGCGAGUUUUUGUGAAUUUCGCGGCUCUGCUACUGCUCGAAAUAUCAGAAGCCCCGUACCUAUGAGCUGUGUCAUUUACAUAUUACAAACUGGCGACUAAAAAUUUGCAUGUGGCGACUACAUUUCUCCGGUUGGUCGCCAAAAGGCGGCCUGAAGAUUUUUUUAAUUUCGAGCCCUGGGGUUGUUUGAUUCCUUUGAGAGGUGAAGAAAAUGAAGACAAUUUAUUUAAGUGGAGACAUAAUAUUGAUGUUUUUGUUAGUGAGGCCAGUGGUUUAGAUCGUACCUCACAAACAGAUCUCAAAUUACAUCAGUUGGAGAUGCUCAUUCUGCAUCUACCGAAAUGCCUAUUGGAGUACCCCAAGGAAGUAUAUUGGGACCUUUAUUGUUUUUAAUUUACGUGAAUGAUCUUCCGGACUGUCACCUGGCAAGCGAUAUUAUUCUUUAUGCAGACGAUACUGUACUCUAUUACUCAUCCAAAAGCAUCAGUGAUCUUGAACAUCACAUCAAUGCUGACUUGGGGACAGUGUCUGAGUGGUUCUCUAGAAAUCUCCUGACACUAAAUAUAUCCAAAUGUAAUUUUGUUAUCUUUGAAAGUCCUCAGAAACUGAAUCGUAUUCAAGGCAUUUCGGUUAAAGUAGAGGGCACUAGCAUUGAAAGAACACAAUCAUUCAAAUACCUAGGCGUAACGCUUCAACAGUCUAUGUCCUGGGCAGAUCACGUCGAUGCUAUCAGCAUGAAGAUUAAUCAGAGAAUAGGCCUAAUUAGGAGAAUCAGGAAUCUAUUGCCGCUACAAGCUAGAGUUGCCUUGUACAAUGCCCUAAUCCUCCCUCUUUUUGAUUACGGAGACGUUAUAUGGGGGGACAAAAACAAUGACACCAUCAUGUCAGAAUUACAGAUUCUACAGAAUAAAGCUGCUAAAGUUAUGCUGGGGCAACCACCCCGAAGCUCGUCAACUGAAGCACUGAAAAGUCUAGAUUUGAAGUCACUGUCCACAAGAAGGUUUUUUCAUCGCUGCAUUGCAAUCCACAAGCGUCUUAUUGGAGAAACCGAUUUCAGCUUUAAUUUUACUAAAAGUCAAGCUGUUCAUUCAUAUAAUACAAGACGCUCUAAUGAUAUUCGCUUACCCCUACCCAGAACAAACUGGGGUAAACAAACUUUUGUUUUUCACGCCGCGAAAGACUGGAACAGCCUUCCAAAUGAUUUAAAAGAGUGUAAUAUUUUAUCUAUUUUUAAAUCCAAGUUAAAAACUUUUUUAAAAAGAUCUCAGCUAAUUUUAAACCUUGAUGUUUUUUUGUAUAAUCGAUUUUAAGAUUUUAAAUUUUUAAAUUUGUUUUACUUGUAAACAUAUUUUACUUUUUUCAUAAUUAUUAAUUAAUUAGUUAGAUUAAUGCAUGAGGGCCCCACUGAAAACCGCCUUGGCGAGUUGGGCUCCCUCUAUAAAUAUUAUUAUUAUUAUUAUUAUUAUAUAGAUGGAUGUGCAUGUAAUAGCAAGGAAAAAGGUUAAACUUGACCUUUCAAUGUCAAACAAAAAAAAAAUUCGAACUAACUUGAUAUAAUACAGCGUGAAAUGACAAAAUUAAAUAAGCAUUGAGCAUUAAGUGUUGUUUGUGUCCAUUGUUAUUGUUAGUGUGCAUGCUUGGUAAGUAUGACUAGUUUUGCACAGAUGGGUUCUGAUUGUUUGUUCAAGCUAGUCUUCUUCUUUACGAAUGACAUCUCAUAAAUUAAGUAGUUUAAUUUUCCAUUGCAUUUGUUGAGGAUAGAAAAGUUAUUGACUAUGAUUGUGUUCAAAAAGGUAAUAUUGUAUUUCUACAUACCUUUAUAAUAAUUUUUUUUUCGUAGUUUAAUGCUGCAAAUGACAUUGACCUGAUCUGCCGUGCUCAUCAGUUGGUUAUGGAGGGAUACAAGUGGCAUUUUAAUGAGACAGUUCUCACUGUCUGGUCAGCUCCUAAUUAUUGCUACAGGUACUGCAUGUGUGGCAAUCAGAAAUUCUUUUAUGCGUUGCUUGAAAGUAAUUCAGAUUUUGAGGCCAAAAAAAAACAUUUACAAUCCUUUAGACAAAACCUUUCAGUGAGAUCUAAUAUACUAGUCAAAUUGACGGGUGCCUAGAGUACACCUGGAAUUUUCUGUUGUCUUUAUCAUAUUUUAGCGGGGCUCCCGCGCGCGCGAAGCGCGCGUGGGACAGAGCCCCAUACUCAUGGAAUAUGGUCAACCUCUUUUCGUUUGGUUGUCACGUGAUUGACCGAGCGUGCGUGCGUGCGUCACGCACGCACGUGCAUCGCGUGCACGCGUCUACAGAUUGUAACGGGUGGGGUAGGGGAGACUAUCAAAAGGAAGGGAGGGGUGUCUCAGGCGUGUCUUGGCAAGUCCACAUCUUUAAUAUAGGAUUUUAGUAUAGGACAUUCACAAUAUGGUCAAUUGACAGCUGUCAAAACAGGAUAGCCACUGACCAGUAUCCCAUGACCAUAUCGCGGGCUCAUGUGUCAACUCAUCGAGGUGACGUGAUUUAUUUGGAAGCUGUCCGCUGACCAGUUAAUUGUUUUACUAGAUCGCGAACAAUGUUCAAUCUCAUACUAGUUAAACUGAUAAUGCCCACAUAUUGGACAUCAAUGUUUUGAUCAAUUGACAGCUGUCAAAACAGGGUACCCGCUGACCAGUAUCACUUGACCGUAUCGCGGGCUCAGGUGUCGACCCAUCGAGGUCAAGGAUUUUUUUGAAGCUAUCCGCUGACAAGUUACUUGUUUUAAAGUGAUCGCAGGCUCAAGUUCAAUUUUUUUCUAAAUUCAUAUGAAAUAUGUUGUGUUUAUGUGCUACACAAUUAAAAUUUUGAUUGCAAACUGACCUCGGACGCGAAAAUUCAGCUAGCUGUUACAGGCAGGGAAGACAGUUGGUUUUGACUUUUCUCACCAUGGUCGCGUUGGUCACGCUCUCGUCCAAUUUUUAUGCUCUGAUUGGUCAAAAUUUGACAGGUGAGUUCAUGCGCAAAAUUUAUGCAGCAUCUUGAAUCUUGUUUACUUUGACAGCUGAAGCUGACAGAGUUUUGUGUCAACUUGUGAUGUUUUUAACUGUCUUUUUCCACUGGAUGUGCAAAAUGAAAUUCAGCUGCUAUCAGGAGUCUUCUGUUAUUCAUGGCUAGUUUGUUUAUUGGGUUUUGGUUGAGGAAUACGUCGCUUGUCAAAGUCGGAACCGAUUUCGGAUGGCAUCGUUUUCGUUUUCACCUUGCUUGAUGCGUAAGAGGAUUGCAAAGUCUGAAGCGAUACUGGCUUUUCUUGAUAACUUUCAGGAGCUGCAUCUCGAAUGGUAAGCCAGAGAAAUUAUUGUAUUUGAUGUUUGUUUUUGUAUCUAAUUUAAUGAAGUCGGCGUAGUUUAUGCGGGCAUUUAGUUUAUGCACGUUUGUAAGAUUUGAGACAAUGAUCUGACCGAGUAUCAGGUUUGAUAUAAGCUUACGGAACUUUAAAAAGCCUUUAGACAGUUUCUCACCGCAAAUAGAAAAAAACGUUCCAAAGAAUAUUUAGUUAUAAUUCUGGCGGAAAAGAAAGCUUUGAGCGAUUUUCUUGCCUCGAGUUAAAUCUUUGAAAAAAGCAAACACCGGGACGCCUUGCUUAAAACAUAAACUUAAGCUUGAAGCUUGAAGACUCAGGAUUUUUAGGGACACUUUAAUACUUGUCUUCCUGAAUGAAAAUUGUUGUCUCUGUAUAUGUUUCACCGAAUUAUAUUUCUUUUAUUGAUUGUUAGUAGUCUUUCUUGUAAUUUUAAUCGCUGUGCCGAUUGUUUUCAGUCGUUCAGUGAACAUCGCUUGCAGGAGUUAUUUAACUCAAAAUGCAGCGUAACUCUGUUAAUGUUCAUUCAAACACUCGCCACAGCUCGCACUACAAAAGUGAGAACCGGAUGGCCGUAUAGGUGAUUUUGGAAAUUUUUUAACAGUUUAUGAAUAUUGAAUGAGUGGAAUUUGUAUUGUGAAAUACUGGUUUCUGUCCGAGGUCUGCGGUAUGAUAAAAACAGUGCCUCAUACUACUGUUUCACCUCAGAUGUGAUGUAUAAAUGGUAUAAAAGUUUGGUUUACACGCACCCAGAUUUGUUGACAAGAUUUUGCAAAAGUAAACUUGUCGAGCAUAAAAAGUUGGCCUGAUUUUUUUUCCACUUAUUAAUCUACGGUGAACAAGAGCCAUUAUGGCUCUUAAAUGUGAUCGAAGAUGAUUACCAGUUUUUAAGUGUACAUAUGAGGCUAUCAACUCGAUGUAAGAUUUGGUUCACUCUUGGGCUGUUUGCAAAUUAUUUUUCUCUAAAAUCAGGUAGCCUUUCCCUCAAAAGUCACAUAAAUGUGCUCUAAAGUUAACUGAAUUGUGGAAUUCGAAUACAAGUUUAUUGUUUAAUUUAAAUUAUAAAUUUAUUAAUGGGAGCCUCGCUUUUAGCCCUGGCUAAAUCUAUAUAUUAUUUGAAUAAACACUGCAGCACUUAUUAAAUUUUUCAUGCCUCAAAUGCAGCACUUAUUUGAGGGUGGCAUUCAUUUGAAAAUUGUCUUAAUUAUGGUAUUAUUAUUUUCCAAAUUAACAUCUUUUGAUUUUGAUUAUUGGGCCAUGACACUUAUUCCGGGGCUGCACUGAGUAACUUUCUUCUCCCAAAUACAGCACUUGAUCGGCAGCAGCGCUUAUUUGAGUAAACACGGUAUUGCGUGUUCUUUAGUCAUCUUUGAGUGAGAAGGAAACUGUUUUUUAUUUGGAUGAACGUGGUGACGGAGAGUGAAAGGAUACUUGGAAGGAGACUCUGGCAGUUAAUCAUAAUUUACCUUAGGCUCUUUUCAGCCCACGCUUAACGUUACUUAAUAAAACAGGAGUGAACCUUAUGUUUUUCUUAAAAAGAUGCAUUUCUUUUGGCAUCUGUCUUAAUCAGCAUUGAUACUGAUGAUGUACUUUAUUUUGGUUGCUUUAGAUGUGGGAAUGUUGCUGCAAUAUUAGAACUGGAUGAACAUUUAAAAAGAGAAUUUACAAUAUUUGAAGCAGCACCUCAGGUGGGUUUAUUUGAUAUGACAUUCACUUUGUAAGGCUAGUUUUUUUAAUUGUUAUGAGUUACUUUAAUGUGACAUUACUCAAAUGGCGCUUUCUACGGUAUAACUAACAAUUUAAAAUAUAGACGACUUGGUUUGCAGCUGAGUUAAGUCCUCUCAGAAGGUACCCUAUCAAUUUUUGGGUGGGGGUGUGCUCCCUUCCAGCAGAGCCUUUCUGUCACUUGCUUGAAUUUGGAGUACUCGAGAAAGACUGCGUGAAUCAAGUAGGGUCCUUGUUGAGAAUGUGUUGCUUGUUGCUAGGAUACAGUUUUGAACCCAGUUGCUUGGCACAGUGGGGUUAUGACAAUUGACUAGUAUUUGCUAUUCUAAGUGGCUGGGCUCUCUUUUUACGGUAGUUUCUUGGUGAUGCAGACGCGUGCAAUCUCCAAAUGACAUAGUACAAAAGAUUGAAAAGACAAUGAACAAUACCCACAACACAACAUAAAAGCAAACCAACAAUAUUUUCCACAACACCAAGAAACACCCCUUUUUUUGCCUAGUGUCAACCUUUUCUUUACUCUUCUGAAUGUGCCAAGGGCGCUAAUAAAGUUUAAAUUUGAGUUUGGGAGCACUUGUGCUACCAGAUGUAAAUUUUUAGGCGCACAGCUGAACAUUUUAGGAGCACAGCUUAUAAUGUUGGGAGCAUCUAUUUCAAAAGAAUAAGUAAACAGUGCCACGUUUAUUUGUCAUCUUCAGUUUGUUACUUUUACUUCAGUCCUGUGAUUGAUAAAACACAGCCGAUUUGCUACGCAGUAAUACCGUUGUGAUAUUUAAUACUAAACUCUCUUUUUGACAGUACAGUUGUGACUAAAGAAAACUUACACUUGAAUCACAAUUCAAAACUGACAACAAUGAGUGUGUCAAACGAGAAUGAAAAUUAAUCUUUAAUGAAUUCGUUAAAUGCGCACUGACUUACAUGUAACUGGAAUGCGACUUAAAAAACUUUCUUACCUGGAAAAAAAGGCUCUUAAUCCGCACUGUUUUUGUUUUGAUUGACGUUAAAACUGAAUGUUCAACAUGAUCGUCCACUGCGCAAAAAGUACAGGUUUUGUUCGUAGCAUAUAUUUGCAUGUAUCAGCGGUGUUUAUUACAAAACAUACACCGUCUUUGUAGUUCGAGUUCGUAAGUAUAGCCGGAAGUCAGUCAGUCGCACUGUGCUUUGGGUUUUACGACGCACAGGUGCGAUUACAACCAAGGGGCGCACAACCAAAAAUCCAGUCGCACAUGUGACCAGUUAGUCGCUAACUUUGAGCCCUGAUUUGUGAUCGAUUAUCAUUAAAGAAUGCUCACUCUCGGAAAAUCAGUUUGACCAGAUAACAAGGUCGACUUGUGCAGAAGUUCAGGUGUCAGCGACUUCAAAUGCUUGACACAAUAAUUAUUCAGGCAGAUCCUCCUUUUCUCCUCCUCACUUAAGAGGUCAAAAGGAGGCUGUGCUUGCAGGGUAGGGGGGUCAUCUAGACCAUGUUUAGUUCCAACAUUUCCUACACUAUCCUAGACUAAGAACCCUUUUAUUCUCUAUAUCACUGAUCAAGUUUCGGAUCAAUUUAGGUUUCUGGGAAACUACCCACCUACUCCUCCCCUAAGCUAACAUUAACACUUGCUUUUCAUUUUGGGCAAAAUAAUGACGUAGGGGAGGGGUAGGUGGGCAGUUUCCAAGAAACCUAAAUUGAUCCCAAUUUUCUAUAAGUGAUACCUUAUUCUAGAUCAAAAUUCUUUGGUUUCUACAUCCUGUUCCAGACUAAACUGCUUCCUGGAGAUCCUACCCCUCACAGUGACACAUUCCCAUAAUGCUCACAUACAUGUAAUCAUUAUGGUAGUACCCCACCCCACCUGACUGGGGUAGGAAGCUGAAGUCAUUCAUUUUGCAGGCAUUUUGUAUUGAGAAGUGCAAAUUGUUGCUCUCACUGGUAGUUUCUUUAACUUGAGUAUUUAUAAAUAUUGAUUUUCCUUUAGUUUGGCUGAGUUCUUGACUUUGAUUUGCAUGUAAUGAAUCUCUGAUUUCUUGUACAGGAGGUGAGAGGAUUGCCAACUAUUGCCAAGAAGCCUCAGCCAGAUUAUUUCCUCUGAAGUCUGUUUCUCCCUCCUCUGUUCUGGCAUCAAACCUCAUAUAUUAUACCCCUACCUGGGAUGUUACUGUCUUGGGGUGAAAACUGAUUAUGUCGCAGUUUAUUGUUCCUUCAAAUCACACAGCAGAACAUGGGCUGAGGAUUGACUCUUUCACUACUUUAGAGAGAGUCGUGAUGAGAUGUUGUCGCAGUCCUUUGUAUUAUGUGAAUGAAAUCCUUUAGUGUCACAAUUCAAAUAAAACCUCUUUGACAGUACUUUUCAUAUGUCUAUGUGUUCCAAAAAAUAUCCAUACCCACCCCACUAAGUGUCAUUGGAAAUUCCAAUGGGAAGGGGGUCUUAAAUGCCAAAAUAUUUUAAUAGCAAGUGUGAACAUAAAAUGUAAUUUCCAGUGGGGCAGGGUUGGGGGG